AUGCAAGCCUCUCCACCACAAGCUCCCCAAUCUCAUGCUCGCACGUCCUCCACUGGAUCUCAAAACAGCUCUUCUUUGAGCACCGAAACCCCACCCAGUUCUGCACCUACAAGCACCCCCCUGGCUGGCUGCGACACAGACACAACCACACAUCCGAGUCUUCCCCGCUUGCGCGAAGCGAUUGGGCCAGAGGGUCUCGAAAUCAGGGAGCACCCUUGUUCCAUCUUUACAGAGUAUUCCUAUGGCAAAGACAUAUGGGAUGUUGUUCGACCGGUAAUAUAUGUCGUCCCUCAAAUUGUUUUCCGUUCAGUGAAGCCAGAGCAGGAGUUUGACCUUGUUCUUGCCCACCUCAGCCAGCUGCAGGCUGAGGAGAACCUUCGAUGGCUUCCACUCGAUGCCGCUCCCGACGAUGAACUUGACGUGCAGGAAAUGCUUGUAGAAUCAAUUAUAGCCAGAGCUGAGGCCGAGCUUCGCAUAUCGAAACCUCUAGGAGGUGGCGGCAACUGGCAACUCACGGUGUGGCCCUAA